ACUGUCACUUUUCUGUUUCAUACCAGCUGAUGGUAUGAUUUUCUGAUGGGUGCAAAACUGCAAAAUUAAAAUUGAUAAAUGUAAGCGAGACGAUAAGGAGAAACUUCUUUUUCCUAAGUUCCCAGAGUUAAUCCAUGAAAAAGAAAAAUUUAAUAAAAAAACUAUUCCAACAAUUUGAAAAACGAAAAUCGAAAAAUACGAAAAUGACACCGGACAUGAAAGCUCUAGCCGAACGAAACGAAUGGAAAAUCCUCUACUGGAUGAUGGCGACAAUUUGUAUGCCCGUUGCACUGCCGCUUAUAGUUCUCAACUUCCUGAAAAGAGCAAGAGAAAAUAAAUACAGAAAUUGCUUACCCGGAAAGGUAGUUGUGAUAACCGGUGCCAGUUCCGGUCUGGGGGAAGCUCUGGCUCAUGUUUUCUACAAAGCUGGAUGCAAGGUAGUUCUUGCAGCUCGCCGCCAAGAUGAACUCGAGAGAGUACGGAAGUCGUUACUCAAUACCGAGGCGAAUGAUGUCACCUAUCCUCCAGUUGUGAUGCCAUUGGACUUAUCCGAAUUGAAUAGUCUGCAAGGUGUCGUCGAUAAGAUCCUUAAGAUUCACAACAAAGUUGACAUUCUAAUAAACAACGGAGGGAUCAGUGUGCGAUCGGAUGUCAUGACUUCAGCUAUCGAUGUCGAUGUUAAAGUUAUGCUAGUCAAUUAUUUUGGAGCUGUAGCACUGACAAAAGCCGUGCUGCCGUCUAUGGUCAAGCGGGGAGAGGGUCAUAUUGUGUUCGUGAGCAGCGUGCAGGGAAAGUUCGCACUGCCAUAUCGCUCAUCGUAUUCUGCAUCAAAACAUGCUGUACAAGCAUUUUCGGACUCCCUGCGUGCCGAAGUAGCACACAAGGGCUUGAAAGUCACAACAGUCAGUCCCGGAUAUAUUCGAACGAAGCUAUCAAUGAAUGCAUUGACUGGAACUGGAGAAUCAUACGGAAAAAUGGACGAUACAACUGCCGCUGGAACUUGUCCGGACAAAAUGGCAAAAGAUAUUCUAGUAGCUUUGCUGCGAGAAGAAAAAGACGUUAUACUGUCACAGAUUCCUGGGAAACUUGCAUAUUAUCUCAGAGUAUUAUGUCCACCAGUAUAUUUUUGGGUAAUGGAAAAGAGAGGGCGUAAGUUGGAAGCAUCACACAAAACGAACUGAUUGAGAAAUACAACAAUUGAAUGUAUAUGUGUAUAUACAAUAUUUAAUUUUUUAAUUUGGGAAUUUCUGUUAGAAUUUAGUGUAUUGUAAAUCAACAAAAUAAAAAUAAGUUAAAGUAUUUACAGAA